CUGAGAAAAGUCAGAAACAGAGAGAGAGUACAGACAGAGAGAAACGGGAAAGGGGACACUUUUUUUAGGGACAAGAGCAUGUUCUGUCCCAAUAAACACAAUAUAUUGGAGCUUGAGGUAAAAUAAGUUUGGUUAAAGAAAUAGCACUAUGUUGAUGACUGAAGAAGGAGGUAGACAACACUUUUACUCCUGGAAACCCCAAUCCGUCCGAGCACGGCUUGGUGGCCCUCAUCACCCAGGGCGAUAUGUCAGCGCCAAGCCCUGGCAAUUCGUUUCCAGACCUCAGCACUGGAGAAAUAUGGCACCGCCAUAUUACUUUUGCUUUGUGCGUCCAGCAGUACUGUGGAACAGAGGACAGCAUCAUAUGGUUGUCUUGCGAGAGAACGGCCCUCCACCCUUGUGUUCCCGUUUUCAUGCUCAUAUGGAGGCCUGUCCUGUACGUUAUAGACCUCCACAUUUCUUAAGCGUGCACCCCAGAGCAGGUCCAAAUCAUCUGGGGCAAAGGCAAAGACAGCAGACCCAGAGUGCUCCACAACCACAAACUUGCCCAGAAAACGGGAGGCACCAAUACAUGAGUAAUUCCAGCAGAAGCCAGUUUACUGUGGAUACACCCCAUGUUCCUGCAUCCCCUAACCCAAGUAGAGCCUCUCCAGAACCCCAAACAAGUGCAUCCCCAACUGUCCAGUCUGUUGAUCACCAUCAGAGAUACCAGUCGCCUAAAACACCUAUCCAUGAAGAGGAUGCAUGCUCUGCUCAACCAGAUUUAAAUCAGGGGCCACAUGUAAUGGCUGAAGAAGAGCUGUUGACGCCAAGCACACUUGCCACCCCAACAACCCCAAGUAUUCCAGGCUCCCCAAACAGUCCAGGCACCCCAACUACCCCAACCACCCCAAACUCUUUUGUGACCCCAAAUUCUUUGUCAGAUUUCAGCCGCCCUGCAUCCAGCCAGUUCAGCCGUAGCACUGACAUGAACAGCGGCUUCUCUGAUGCCCUUUCAGUAAACUUCAGUGAUGAUGAUGUUGCCGACAGUUGUACGCACGACAAAGAUAGCCAUGCUAAUGACCUCAACCAGAAGAUCCAUGAUUUUGAGGGCUGCUCUACUUCUCUCGCCGAGCUUCACUUCAGCUCUCCAGGAAGUUGCGGCCAGGCCAGCUCACAGAUGGACUCCCCUCAAGCUUGUCUUUUCAAAUCUCUCACCUCCUGCAAACAAGGAACACCUUCCACCUGUCUGCCAGACACCCCAAUUUACACCCCAAAAACCCAGUCACAGAGCCCUCAAUCAAGGCAAGCCCCAGACACCCAGAGGUUCACAGAUGAUACCCUUCAUGGACACCCCAGGUCCAGCCGGUCUAGUCUUAGUGUUAAGUCUAGACAGACUGAUUCCUCAGCGAAGAGUCGAUCAGAAUGGAACCUUUGGCCAGUGCUGCCUCCCAUCAUGCCUCAGCAAAGUGAAUUGCAAGGUGAGAGUGUUAUGGAAGGAACGCCUUUCUCCCAGUCCAGCGGGUCUCAGUCAGAUAUUUUUGCAGAGUUGGAUGCUCUGGCCCCUCGCUCGGGCUCCUGUGUGUCCCCAGACCACCCAGCAGGAAGUGAGACAGACCGAUCCUCACCUACCACAGAUCUGAGCCCUGGACUUGCAGCACUUACAGUUGGGUGUGAUUCAGGUGAUCUGGGAUCUUUGUCCCGUGUGCAACUCUUGCUGCUGGCGAGAAGAGGGGCCGACAGCCCUGGUUCCGUCCCAAGAAGCCCUGAAUGGUGCUGCACUCCAGACAGAGAGGAGUAUGAACCUGGCCUCAGAGUCUGGAGCUCGGGCAUUCCCCAAUAUUAUCAGUCUACAGUCUUGGAGGACAACAGACCAUUAAAUGGUAGGGACAGCAAAUUGUGUGAGGGCCAAGAUUCUUUGGCAGCUUUGAAUGGACCCAGAAAGCACCCUGGGCUCAUCAGUGUAGAGAAAGGAUCAAGGAGAUCAUCAUCAUCCUGUUCUAGUAACUCAAGGAUCUCUGAGAGCAGCUCCAGCAAUGGAGAGAAGCCCACCUGUGAGAACCAAGGUUGGGAACUGACAGAUGAAAAUGACCCGAUCUACUGGAUCCCUCACUCUUCCAGUGAUUUGCUGACAGAAGGCCCAGCAAAGGAGGUACCCCUACUGGAGCAGGCAUGCCCAGAGAAGAGGGACCAUACUGGGGAAGAAGAGUGCAGAAACGGGUCCAUCAAACUCAGAGAGAAGAGGAAGAGGAAGAAGGAGAACAAGAAGACUGAGGAAAGGAAGUGUAAAGCACUGCAGAUUUACUCCAAACUGCAGGAUGGAAAAGACCCAACUCAGGCCACUCAUCAGAGCCCGUGCUCCAAGUUUGAGGACUUUGAUUUCUUGGCAAAGUACUGCAUCCUCAGACAGGAGAAGCUGACAGUGUACAAAAAGGCUUUUGAGGCUGCUGACAGUGAUGGAGAUGGUUUUCUGACUUGUUUCCAAGUGCUGCUAGCCCUCAAAGAAAUCAUUCCUUCAGAACUUCUGACUGAGGAGGAAGAAAUAUAUGUGUACAAGAUUCUGGAGCUGGUUGAUUUCAAAGUUACUGAAGGCCUGACAGACCUGCGUCUGUUUGCAGUAGUAGCCAGUCUGGCCGAAAAAAUAGCCACACUAGAUGAGUUCAUGCGGUCCCUCAUCAGCAAGAUGGAUUUCAGAUCGCUGGAAAUGAAGCUUUGCAAAGCCAAGAACUUGUUCUUGUUCUUGCUGGAGGCCCAGGCAGGAGGCACUGUGGCACAUCAGGGCUGUAUAGAGGCAGAGCAGCUCCUAGUGGAGCUCAAAGCAGGGGGCAUCAGGCCGGAGCACGAGGAGUCGGUGAGACGGGAGCUCCGCAACCUUCGCUCUCUUGACCUUCUUGACUUCCUCGCUCACCUGCCUCUCUUCAUUCUCAUCCACAACUCGGUUAUCGCCAACCCCUUUGACGACUCAAGCAACCUGUGACGGCAUCAUCAAGAAUUAUUUCCACAGAUGAUCAGGUGAUAUCAACUCCUGUGCAACAACAUCAAGGGCUAAACGGAGUUGCAUUACCAAGCUUAAUAAAAAUCUCAUAUUAAAUCACUGUCUUAAAAUGAUACUUUUUUUAAGUGUUCUUUCAGCAUACUUGUCCAAAACCACACAAAUAUUGCAGGACGCCUAAGCACUCAAUACAGUACAGGGGUCCACCGCAAGCAUCUCGACAAUAAAAUAUGGGACAACAGGUGUCCUGUUUGGGCCAUCUUCAUUUUGGCCAAAAUAAUGUCAUUCAAACUGACAAAACAUGAGAGCAGAUUUCUAUGAGCUCACCCUACUUUAUAAAAAAUAGUGGUGAGAUUUCAUUUACAGCACACAGUUGCAGCAGUGGCGUGAGCAGUCACAGCCAAACAUCAGUAGAGUGGAGAAGAGUGCUGUCUGUGGUACUGAAAUACUGUUUGUUCUGCACUCUCCAGGACUUCACUUAUGCUACUCAUUUUUUCAAGCAGGCUAGAGCAGCGGUUCCCCAUUGGUGGGUCGCAACUUCGCAAGAGUGGUUCUGGAAAGCAGUGGAAAACAAUGCUAAAUA